AUGGCGCAGAACCUCUUAGACGAGGCCGAGCGCCUGAGAUUCGUCGGCCAGCUCUUCAAGGAAGCUCGUCAUGACCCCGUGGCGUUCUUGAAUAGGUCGCUAAACGUGGCUCAGAAAACAAUCAUCCAGAAGAUGGCCCCGAAGUUGGUGUCGAACGUAUUCGUCGCUGCAGGCGUCGGGGCAGUUUCGGAAGUAGAGUUCACGGGCCUCGCCAGUGCUUAUGCGCCUGCGGCUGCCAAGGCAAUCAUGGGGUUCGCUGCCUUCAAGGACGACGGCUCGAUGAGCUGCAGCCUCCUCCCCGAGUCGUCUCGAGACAGGGUGCAGCAGACCGUUGUCAUGGAGCUCGUCGAGAAGACGCUCGCCGCGUCUUCCGACGACUUCCAGAGCACGUGGGCUGCCCUCGUCGACGCGGGGCCCCCCGCAGAGACCCAGAACUACUUCUCUGGCUGCGAGAUACCGCCGAUCUGGUCUCGGCAGGCCUACGUGGACUUGAGCCUCGGCGCGUCUUUCUCUGGUUUGCUGAAGCACGGCGUAAACGCGAGCCCCCAGCUCGCCACCGUCGCCAGGGUCGUGCCGGAGAAGAAGUGCGAGACCAGCUUGAGGCUCCGAACUUUCUCGAACAGGAGGGGCAAGCCCAACCAUCUCGGCGUCUCCUGCUGGGACACGGUGGACAAGGUCGCCGCCUUGGGGAACGACCUGCAGUCAGCGGCGGCUCGUUUCAAGGGUCUCUGGAGCGAGUUCAGAGACAUCCACCUCCCAAUUGAUAACUAUGAAGGUACCUUGUUCCUGGUCGGAGGCUUCAUCGAUGAAGGGCAGUCCGUCAAGAUCUUGGACGCGGUGCAGCUGAUGACCAACAUCGACAGCGAGACACAGUCGCAGGACCUAGACGUCACCAUCGCCAAGGCUUGGUUCACGAAGCUGAUGAACGACCUCGAGGAGGUCAUCGAGGGGACUAUUGGUGAAGCUCUCACCCCGCACGUCAUCGAUAGGAUGCUGGAGCCUCCACCGACUGGCGGAUACGGGCAGGAGGAGGACCCGCAAUGGGCCGCUGACACUUUUCGGUGCAUGAUGCAACUUGUGAUCUUUCACGACAACUUGGAGUCGGCGCUGGAUCGUGGGCGCCCUUGGUCUAAGCUGAUGUCUGAGUUUCGGGCCAAGCUCAAUCUUCUCGUUGACGUCAGCCAGGCAGCGGUGUGCGAGAACGACACGGACUACCUGGGCGUCCUCCGCACUUGGUCUUCUUUCUGGGUUCGCCAGCAGCGCAUUGCCAUCACCGACGUGUCGCUCGGGGCGCGGAGGAGUGAGGCAGUGAAGGCCCUGACGGUCCUGCGAUCGUCUUCGAUCGAGGUCGCGGCGACUCGCGCUUUCAAGAAUGUGCUGGACUUUCGCAAGGGGUUCGAUGACGGCAUCAUCCAGUUGGCCACCCAGCUGAAGGACACCUUCCCGAAAGCGUGCAGCACGCUACUAGACGAGGCCAAGACGCGCGACAACAUCACUGCAGUUCUGGGCCGGCUGUCCAAGGAUGACCCCGUCAGCCUCGUCGAGAUAGCUGGAGCUGCCGCCGACGGCCAUGAGUUUCUCCAGCCAGAUACCGACAAACCCUUGAUGGCGAAGGUGAUGGCAGCCUACGGAAACGCCGUCGACUCGUGGAUCGCGUCAUCGAAGGGUGUCUUCCAGUUCGAUCGGCUCCACGACUUCUUCAAGGUGGUGAUCCCAGCGUGCGAGACGGGCGACUUCUCGAGCUGCCCGUGGAUGGAGAAGACGAACGACGAGGGCAUCAAGGAGGACAUGGGGAUAUAUGACCAGCUGUGCAAGACAGCCAUGUCGACGUUCCGCAUCGCCGAGGCGACCUUGAAGCUGAUGACGAAGUUCGAUGGCAGCGCCACGAGGGUGUCGGACGUGCAGGCUGUGAGGGACGCGUACAGUAAAGUAUCGCAGAUGGAGGGUGAGAUCAAGAUGGUCAUCGCGACGGCGUCUAUUGGCAACACGGUCCUGCAGAGGCCCAGGCCAAAAAGUUCCACCUCCGACGUCAAGAAGACUAAGGCCUACUACGUGAAUAAGACAGGUUUACAGAUCUCGAAGUUGGGUAGGUUCUUGCGGGAUGUCCUUAAGGAGGCUGAGAUGGUGGACACCGUCGCGGCCGACGCCGACGCAGUCUCUGUGAGCUCCAAGGACACAGCCGCUCCCACUCGUGCCUCGUCGGACCAGGCCAUCGCCCAGCCCAGUGGCAAGCGCCCGAGAGCGUCGAGCUGGUUCGCGGCCCUCAAGAUGCAGAAAAAGUGA